UUCAUUUUUAGGUUAUUCUAUGUGUUAUUUUUGUUUAUAUUUUUUAACAUAAAUAUGUUUGGUGAAAAAUCUUGUACUUUAAUUAAGGAAUUAUCCCGUUGUGAAGACAAUUUACCACCAUACAAUACGGAUUUGGUAAAUGAAGUGGGUAAUGAAAUCAAAUAUCUAAUAGAGAAAAACCAGGAAGAUGCUCAGGUAUCUGAAGAGAGUAAAUCAUCUGAAGGGAUAUCCUACAUAUCAACAGUAAGAAUACGUCAUGCUGCUGUUAAAAGAAAUUUCAGAUGUUUACUAGCGUAUCACUACAAUAGAUUGCGAUGUUUGCGUACAAUGCGAUGGGAAUUUGGCAGCAUGUUACCAGCUGAUAUAAAAGUAAAUAUGAGUGCUUCUGAAACUGAGUGGUUCUCAAAAUAUUCCAGAUCUUUGGCUCAAUAUAUGAGGUCCAUUGGUGAGGAUGGAGUGAAUUUGGCUGUGGACUUGAAACCUCCCAAAGUUUUGUACAUUGAAGUCAGAUGUUUGGUAGACUAUGGAAAGUUUGAAUUAAAUGAUGGGUCAGUUAUCUUUUUGAAAAAGCAUAGCAGACAUUACUUACCAAGAACUGAAUGUGAGGAGUUGAUCAUGAAAGGAGUGCUACAACAUAUUGUUUAGGAAAAAUUUGAAUCAAUUUAAACAGUGCAGAUAUUUUAUAAAAGUAUUUAUUAAAAUUAUUCUAUUAAACAAUUUAA